UCUGCCAGUCUGGUCCGUAGCCACGAUGGACGCAUUACUAUGCCUCUCGCUCGUCCUUCUACUCGGCACGAGGAUACAGGAAAAUAGCGCCCUCCAGUGUUACUGUGACCGCUGCAGCGCCAAUUCCAGCUGCACGACAGAUGGCGUCUGUUUCGUGGCCAUCCGUAAGCUGAGCAGUCGACCCAUCACGGAGCAGCGUCAGUGCAUACACGAAUACGAACUGAUCCCACGAGACCGGCCCUUCAUCUGUGCGCCGUCAGUCAAAGAUGACACCAGCAUUUACCCCAUGUGCUGCACCACGGACUACUGCAACAAAGAGCCCAACAUCGAAAUCCCUGUCCCCACGACGAAGCCUUCUCCUCUGGGCCCCGUGGCCCUUGCAGCGGUGAUCGCGGGCCCCGUGUGUGUGCUCUGCCUGCUGCUUGUUGUGGCCUUUUAUGUGUGUCACAGCCAAAGGGGCCUGGGAGCCGGGGGCGCCGGUGCCCACCAUCACCACCACCACCGAGUGCCCAAUGAAGAGGACCCCUCCAUGGAUCAUCCCUUCAUCACUGUCGGAACAACCCUGAAGGACCUCAUCUAUGAUAUGACCACCUCUGGAUCUGGAUCAGGUCUGCCGCUGCUGGUGCAGAGGACCAUCGCCAGGACCAUCAUCCUCCAGGAGAGCAUUGGUAAAGGGCGUUUCGGGGAGGUGUGGAGGGGCAAGUGGCGUGGUGAGGAGGUGGCAGUGAAGAUCUUUUCAUCCCGGGAGGAGCGCUCCUGGUUCCGCGAGGCUGAGAUCUACCAGACCGUGAUGCUGAGACAUGAGAACAUCCUGGGCUUCAUUGCCGCGGACAACAAAGAUAAUGGGACGUGGACUCAGCUGUGGCUGGUGUCGGACUACCACGAACACGGCUCUCUGUUUGAUUACCUGAAUCGCUACACCGUCACCGUGGAGGGCAUGAUCAAACUGUCGCUGUCCACAGCCAGCGGCCUCGCUCACCUGCACAUGGAGAUAGUCGGCACACAAGGUAAGCCCGCUAUCGCCCACAGAGACCUGAAGUCAAAGAACAUCCUGGUGAAGAAGAACGGGACGUGUUGCAUCGCUGACCUGGGUCUAGCUGUCCGACACGACUCUGCCACCGACACCAUCGACAUCGCUCCAAACCACAGAGUGGGAACCAAAAGGUACAUGGCUCCAGAGGUCCUGGACGACUCCAUAAACAUGAAGCACUUUGAGUCUUUUAAGCGAGCGGACAUCUAUGCCAUGGGUCUGGUCUUCUGGGAGAUCGCCAGCCGCUGUUCUAUGGGAGGCAUCCAUGAGGACUACCAGCUGCCCUACUAUGACCUGGUCCAGUCUGAUCCAUCAGUGGAGGAGAUGAGGAAGGUGGUUUGUGAGCAGAAGCUUCGGCCCAACAUUCCCAACCGCUGGCAGAGCUGUGAGGCUCUGCGUGUGAUGGCCAAGAUAAUGAGGGAGUGUUGGUACGCCAACGGCGCCGCCCGACUCACCGCGCUGCGAAUCAAGAAAACUCUGUCCCAGCUGAGCCAACAGGAGGGAAUCAAGAUGUAGACACACACACACACACACACACAGACACACACACUGACUGGCAUCCAUAUCCUUAGCAUUAAUGCAUUACUAUUGUCAAUAUUAUUCAGCGAGUGUUCGUCCCGUUUAUUUUGAAGGGGCUUGUGCUCUUUUCUUCCUCUGUCAUUUCAUCCAUUUACAAACUGCUGAAUCCUGCACCUGGAACUCAGGAACCAUCCGUGUAUGUUUGUGGCACCAGGCCGACGUGCUCACAUGAACGGAUAAAUAGAUGAAUGGAUGAGGAGUGGGUGUUUCUGCUCAUUUUCUGCCGUGUUACUCUCCUACAUCCAUCUCAUGAAGUCUAUCAGAGGCUACUUAAGACAGCUGGUGUCUCAUCAGGUGAACUGAGGUCCAGACAAGAAGCUGGAAAACAACCCGGGUGCUUGACUCUCAUCUCCUCACAUCUUCAUCACCACCUCUUUAUCAGUGCAUUAGCAUUUCAGUCUGCACUUCAGAGGGUUAAGCUGCUCUCCGGUGGGGAUGCACUUCGCUAGUUUACAUUUUUGAAUAAUUCAGUGAUGAAAGGCUCCAGUUUCCAGACUGUGAGAAAAAUGCAAAGUGUUCAUUUUUAUGGGAUCCAGGCAGCGACCGGAGGCUCAUACAAACGUGACCCAGACGUUCCCAUAAUCAUCUCCAUGUCUUCAAUGUUAGGUUUUAAAACUCAAUACCAUCCAGUGAAUUGAAGCAGAGACAAUUCUCUACGUUUCGAUCAAAACAGUCCCGAUAAGUUAAGUUGUUUUUCUCAAGCAAAUUUAAGCGUUAAAACCAGAUUUGAUGAGAAUAAUAUUGUGAUUUUAGUGGCAUUUCUGUCUUUCCAUGCCUGGAAAUGAAUAUAUUUUUUAUUAUUAUUUGACAUGUGAAAGUUCUCCAGCUGAUGGUUUCAGUGAGUUUUUGCUCUGAAGAUCCGCCUCCACGCUUGUAUCGGCCUCUGUGAUGCUGCUCCAUUCGUCUCCCUGGAGACCGUAAACAAUUACCCGAGCAUUAGUGAUGUGACGGCGUCUGCAGCCCCACUCUGGAGACGUUCUGCAGCAGCAGCACUGAAGCAGGGACCUGGGGCCGUGGGUCAGUGUGUACACUGGCCUGUCGGCUUCACACACACUUACACACACACUUACACACACACACACACACAUCAGCCUCAUGUAGUCAGUUUUGCACCUGUUUUUCAUUUGUUACUGUUGUAUUUCCCCGACUGCCGUCAUGUUGUCAGGGAGGCAGACAGGUCACUUUAAUUUAUUGUUUAGUUUUUGUUCUUUGCUUGUGCUGGCAGGGGAACCUUUUUGCAAAACUAAACUGGACAUAAUGACCUCAUUCAUUGUUGGCAAACAUGCUGCAACAUACAGAAGAGACAUCUGUGUAUUUUCUAUACUCUGCUAAACCAACAACAGCAACAACAACAACAACAACAACAACAACAACAACUAUCAGCUGCCACCAUGCCUUCCAAGCCAGCUGUUACCGGAAAGUGCCAGUGCUUUAAAACCCCGCCUCCUCUCAUGUGGGCUGCCGCGGCGUGUGCGCUGUCACAUGUAUGCAGCUCUGAGCUUGUGCGCGUGUUAUCUCCCUCACCUGGAAGCAGCAAGCUCGUACUAUGCACACAACAGGAUGUAGGGACGGAAGGCGAGAAGGGACGCGCACUGUGCACCGCAGCACCGCAGCACCCACAACCCAGCCGACUCUCUGGUGCCAUUGUUCCUCCAGCCUGCCCCCCCCCGACCACCUCAGCAGCAGCAGCAACUCAUUGUACAGCUUCUCCUCUCAGCGGAUCCAGCACCUCAAACUGUGUUCAGUCAGAAAAAAGCCGCGCUGGAGAAAAGAGACACAAAGACUUGUAAGCAUUACUGUUGUUGCCCUAUAAAUGUAAAUUCAGAUUUGUGUUGUCUCACGUGUUUUGAACAUGCAGCUGCAGCCGUUCAAGUGUUUUCUUCUCUCUGCGAUAAUCAACAAAACAUCAGUGAGGUACAUUCAUUUCAAUAUAGCAAACAGAUAUUUACUAAGCCAUAGGUUUUCCAGGUUGCUCAUCUUUUCUUUUCUUUUCUUUCUUUUUUUGUGGCAAGUGCUUUUUCUUUUUACUACUAGAAUGUACAUUUAUGAGAAAAAGAUGAAAGAAAAAAAAAAGCAUAAAAUAGACAGUUUUGUCAUUUCAGCUUAGCAAGCCUUAAGGGACCAACGCAAAAGAGUCAGGAUCUGCUCUUCACUUUCUUUCCUGUUAUUUUUUAUACAUAUAUAUAUAUAAAUACAUAUCAUAGGAAUCAUUAUAUGUAUAUACAUAUAUAUAAUUGAUUACUAUGGUAAAGGUAGUGUCACAUUUUGAUGUAAAAGACUAAAAAAAAGAAGUAUGUAGCAUCUGAUUUAAGUUUGUUUCAUGUGUUAAAUGUUCAAACAUCUGAACCCACUCUCACUGACUGUGACUGCGAUCCAUCAAAAGCACUUUCUCUCAGUUCACAGGACAAAAACUAAAAGCUUCAUUCAAUACAGUUCAAAGUAUAGAAAGUAUUAAAGAGAAUCUAUCGUUGACACGUCACUAAAUGAUCAGACCGUGCUGAACUGAACUCUAGAAAACCCACCGUUGUUGAUAAUAAGUGCACUUCUGAACCACAGCGGGGUUUACCUGUGUGGUCCAGUCCGGUUGGUUUUUCUGUGCUGCUGCAUCAUCCACCUCGCUGUUCAAGCGGAGGUGAGAGCUGCCGUUGGAUGUAAAUCCCCUCAGAUUACCCAGAUUACCUGAGUCUGAUCAUGCUGUGCCAUGUUGUUCCAGCACGUCGUCAUUCGCUCAGUGUUGCAGCCACAGUUUGUGAGUCGGUCCACGAGCAGCAGCAGCAGCAGCAGCAGCAGCAGUAACAGUAACAGCAGCAGCAGCAGAGCAGCAGAAUCAUGAGGACCAUGUGCUUACUCAGUCCCAAAAUGCAUUCAGCCAUUCUUUGAUUUUUGUGUAGAAAGUUGAGACGAGAGCAAAGACGUCUUUAUGAGUUAGUGAUGGAAAGUUCUCCACGACCUUAAAGCAACUGAUGAUGCAAUAACAACAAAACAAAGUCUCAAUUUUUGUCAAACUGAUUCAAUUUCAGGACAAAGUAUCAAAUGUAUGUCGUGAGUGACGGUGACAGUGACUCAGAGAGAACAUCAAACACAGCAGAUAAUAAUAAGUAACGAGAUGAUAAAGAACCAGAGAAGGAAGAGACUAAUGUCAUUUUACAGGAACAUGUUUGAGAGUUGGUGACACCUAUAGGUGAGACUGCAGAUUGCAACAUCUACACGAUUUCUCCACUAAAAAAAGAAAGAAAUGGCUCCACUGCGCCUCCUGCUGGUCUCGCACCUGCCUGACAACCUUGUAAAUCUGUCAGAUUUGUGUUUCCUCUGACGUGUGCUGAAGAUUUUCCACUGAAGAAAACUCAGUUGGAAUUUCAUUGUUGGUGCAUUUGAAGAAAGAAAUGGGAGGAGUCUGUUGUAAGUGGGAGGAGCAUGGGAAGGCACAGCUGGAUCAGCAGAUGGACAAGUGUUCUGAGGUCUGAGGAUAAAUGAAUAUGGAACAGUGAGUGAUACUGAGAGCCAGUUGUUACUCGAUCGUUUGGGUCAGAAUCUGUGGUGUGAUGGCGGUGCUGCUGUUCUCUAAUCUGGUAGAUUAUUAGACCAAGUGAUAACAGGACCAACAGAACCUGCUUUCACACUGACGGAGUUUUAAGACUGACAUUUUCCAUCUGUCAAAAACCACUGAUGCAGACUUGGUUUAGUCCCUGUAACCUCAGCCGGUCACAGAGUCAGGAGUCAGAGUCGUUACCAUGGUGAAAAGUGCUUGGAAUAAUAACUUUUGAACAUUGAACAGCUGCUGAUUAAACGUGUUGCAUGUGCUGGGCGGGUGAUUGACGGGUAACCACCGGUGUCAUCGUUCCUGUGUCGGUGGGUCGACACACACACACACACACACACACACACACACACACACACACACAGAACGUGAGUUCCACUGGUGACCACACACGUCCAACUCUGUGACAUACAGAUGAGGGUGAACUAAAACAUCCCAUAGCCUUUGAAAUACAUCACUUCCUGUCUAUAUCGCAUCAUCAGUUGCUGCAGGUUUUCGUCAGUGAUGUCGUUGUGUAAUGAAGAAUUCUUCUGUUGUCGGAGUUAUGACAUCAGCAGUGAUGUCAUAACUCCGACCUGUCAUUUGAAGAAUGCAAAGUGGGCAUUGCUGCUACAUUCAGUAGAAAAAGGGUGACAAGACUAUGCUGAAUUUAAUGUUAAAUGUGUGUUAAUCUUUCUGGGGAAAAGUAUUGACCUUUGUAAGCCAUGUGGCUGUGGGCGGCAGGGUUUAGGGUUUAGGGUUUGGGGAGGUUUGUCGGUGGUGUUAAACUCUGAACUUCAACUCUCUAAGAAUCCCUUUAAUUUAGGCCUGUCGUGGGACUGAGACUGUACAGUAUGUGUAUUCCAUUAGCAGUGUCAUUCUCUGGGACAUAAGCAACAGCAAAAGCUCAACUCAACACCUCUGUUAUGCCUCGACUAGAACAACCUUCAUUCUGUCUUAAAGUCACCAGCAGCCUUGUACUUAAGAUGACUUAACUUUCAAACAAGAAAAAAGAAGUGUUUUCUGCAGCACGACUCGCCCUUUGAUUCUCUCUUUUCAUUCCACACAUUUCUCUGAGCUACGAGGGCCACACUUCACUGCAUGAACCGCACAAAUGUUGAUAACGGCCCACACUCACACACGCCAGCGCUUCGCCUUCAGCACUUCUUAAGAUUAGCGACGGAUAGUGAGAGAAAAGAGCUGUUGGAGCUUUUUGGAAAGGUUCAGGUCAAAGUUCAGACAAAUCCAAACGGCCAUUUGGUUUUUCAGAGGUCUCAUCAAGCGUGGGUGAAACUCUCCAAACCAUAGACUUCUGCCAACAACGAAAGUCCUGGUUCUAAUGUGGAUCCUCACUCACAUCUGACCUGUUCAUAAGAAUCCUGAUUUGCCUGAUUUGAGGCAGAAUGAUUCCUUAUAUCUCCUGUAUCUGAUCUGCUUUAUUCAAAUUCUCAUUAAAGACAAACUAACAAACUUCCUAUUGUUGUGGGAAAUGUUACAUAAAUAACAAUGAAAUGAAAAUUGACUUCGUAAUACGUUUUGAAAUGUCGAACUAAAGAAAAACUUUCUAAACUUCAGAAAAAAACACAAAAGAAAAACCUCAGGAGAGAAAACAGAAAAACAGGUGAAACUAAAUAAGCUCCGAGUCGUCGUCGUCAUCGUCGUCGUCGUCGUCGUCGUCGUCGUCUUCUCUGGAAACUCCUGAGUUAUUCUGGGUAUUUACGAGAAGUGGAAACACGUGGAGAGUCUCAAGCGUGUGAGCUGUUAUCACCAUAUUUCUACAACUGUUGCAUCAUUGAACGCGGGGUUCACACACCAACGCUGCUCCAGCUGGUUUGCGUUGGUCGUUCCUUUAAUCGUCUCCAAGUGAACGUGUGAAACCCUGUUUUUCCUCCGUUGAUUGGUUGGUGGUUUUCUUUUUCCUAAACUGUCCUAGCACCUCCUUCCCUCGCCGUGACUCAUGGGUUCAUCCCAGACUGGAGCAGCAGCAGCAGCAGCAGCGCGUCUCGGUCUCGGUCUCGGUCGUUUAGUGACUCAAACUAAAGUGAUGUUAGUGAGUUGGUUGGGUCUGGUUGAAUAUGCAGCCUCGUGGCCCCAACAGCGAGGGAAGACACGAACUAUGCCAGCAGCUCUAGCGCUCCAAACCACGCACUGAGAAAUCCCCACAGCUGUGAAUGUAUCCCACGUCUCAGAGUCAACAACCAGUACGAGCACAACCUGCAGAGCUCAGCCCAAAGGUCAUGGCGGGAACUGUGCGAGCCGCACCGCUCCGUUUCCAUGUCUCUUUCCUCUCGUUAUGCAAAGAGUGGGGCAUUCAUGUCCGCCCACUCAGUCCCACUGGAUCACACAGGUUCCCACGGCCUAACUAUGCCAGGAUGAUCCACACACUGUGAUCAGGUCUUUCACAGACCUGCUGUGUCUCCACUGACCAGAACCAGGUUCCAGUGCAGUCCAGACAGCUGACGCGGAGAGCGGGUUUGAGUCACUAACGGUCCGGCACACGCGCUCCGCUCCAGAGUUUCCUGACGUCGUAAAAGCUUUAUCACGUUUUCUUUGGUGCCUAAGUUUGACAGGACUUGUGUUAACUGUUCACCGCAAACAAAAACACUGCAUGGGAUCGUGUCUGCAUUGAAACCUGCUUUACAGAUGUCUUUAAAAAAGAGAAGCAACAUUAACGUAUUCAAAAGGUCACUUAAUCCAAAAGAAAAUACCUCCUUUUAAAGACCAAUGUGUUUUACCUCACUGUAUAUAUCGAUUCUUGAUUUGUUUACUCCAUGUUUUGCAAUUUAUCUUUCUCUUUUAUUUCUAUGAAAUGCUUAAAAAAGUUGAAGAGAAUAUUUUUGGUUUCUUUUCAAUGGUACUUUUAUUUGUCCAAUGGCAUUGUGUUGUGUUUGUGUUUGUGCCUGAGCAGUAUCUCUGUGUAUGACCUGUGGGUUGUGUUCCGCGUGAGCUGUACAGUCAAAGCGCUUUACAAAUGUCCGGGAAAAAAGAAAAAAAAAAAGAAGAAAAAAAGAAGAAAAAAUGCCUUGUUUGAUAUUUUCUUUUUGUUUAAUGAAAAAAAAAAAGGGUGAGAGUGGAGGUGAAGGGGGAGGAGACGUGAAGCGACGUGACGUGAGGGGAGGGACUGAACACCACCACGACGACAGUUGAUCCCUCCUCUCCCCUCGACCAUGUUGUAUUUCUAAAACAUGUUAUAAUCUUGACUUUUUUAUAUAGUGUGUACAGAUGAACGAGAGAUCAGCAUAGGAACUAGAGGAUUGACACUCGUGUUAACUUCUAACAUAGCUGGAGUAGAAAACGGUGUGAAUAAAGAAACAAGCUUUCACUACAA